CCAGAUGAUAGAGUGCACAUGAAGUGCUUAACAGUGUCCGGCAGAUAGGAGCUGCUCAAAUGGGAGCAUUUUUUUUUCAGGGAGUCGCUGGUGUCCCUAAGGACCAGAGGCCCCCUGAACCGGAAAACUCCCAGCGCCUUGACGGGAGCCCCAGGAGGACUGCAAUGCCCACAAGGCUCCGCGCCUUCCUCGGAAGUACUUCCGUUUGGCUUCGCAUUCUGAGGCAGAUCAUUGGUUCUCUGGCGUAGGCUUGGUGGCGAAGAUUGGAGGAAGGGAGCAGUGCUGGUUUAGGAUUGGUAAAAUUGCUAUCAGCUCCGCCCCAAAGACCCGGAAAUGAUUUCGGGGAUGGGACCAUGUGCACUGGAGAAAAGGGUGUUCGGGUGGGUGGGCUACGGGCUGCGGUCAGACCUUGACUGCACCACCAUCGCGACUUGACUCACUGAGGGCUGUUUUGAGGACGAGGGACCUGAAGCUGAUUGAGAAAGUUCCCGCAGCAUUCCGUCCCCAAGCUGCCCCCCUAAUGGAGUCUACGUUCAGCAGCCCCGCGGAGGCGUCGCUGCAGCGGAAGGCGGGCACAGCAGGGCUGCUCACUCCUCUCGCGGACUUGGACCGAAUGUAUGAGCUGGAGCGAGUCGUUGGAUUUGUCCGCGACCUGGGGUGUCAGCGGGUGGCCUUGCAGUUCCCUGAUCAGCUACUGGGAGACGCUGGGUCCGUGGCUACACGACUGGAAGAGAUCACAGGGUCAAAAAUGUUCAUUCUGGGAGACACGGCGUAUGGCAGCUGCUGUGUGGACGUGUUGGGUGCUGAGCAAGCUGGAGCUCAGGCUCUUGUACAUUUUGGCCCUGCCUGCUUGAGCCCUCCAGCCCGCCCUCUGCCUGUCACCUUCGUCCUUGGUCAACGUUCUGUGGCUUUGGAGCUCUGUGCCAAGGCAUUUGAGGCCCUGAACCUGGACCCCACAGCACCUAUGGUGCUGCUGAGUGAGCCAGCCUGUGCCCAUGCCCUGGAGGCCUUGGCUACUCUUUUGCGCCCGAGGUACCUGGACCUACUUGUCUCCAGCCCAGCUCUUCCCUUGCCAACGGGCUGCCUCACUUCAGAGCCUGAGCCCCUGGAGCGUUUUGGACGCCGCUUCCCCUUGGCCCCGGGAAGGUGCCUGGAAGAGUAUGGUGCCUUCUAUGUGGGGGGCUCUAAAGGCAGCCCUGGUCCUGACCUUGACCCGGACCUGAGUCGCCUGCUGUUGGGCUGGGCACCAGGGCGGCCCUUUUCCUCUUGCUGCCCAGAAACAGGGCAGUGUCAGGACGAGAGUGUUCGAGCUGGGCGGCUAAGGGCACGCAGACAGUAUCUGGUGGAGCGUGCCAGAGAUGCCCGUGUGGUGGGGCUGCUGGCAGGCACAUUGGGUGUGGCCCGAUACCGCGAGGCUCUGGCACACCUUCGGAACCUAACUCAAGCUGCCGGCAAGCGUAGCUAUGUGUUGGCCCUGGGACGGCCCACUCCUGCCAAGCUUGCAAACUUCCCUGAAGUGGAUGUCUUUGUGCUUUUGGCUUGUCCUCUGGGUGCCCUGGCCCCCCAGCCUUCUAGUGGCUUCUUCCAGCCUGUGUUGGCACCAUGUGAGCUGGAGGCUGCCUGCAACCCUGCCUGGCCACCUCCAGGUCUGGCCCCCCACCUCACACAUUAUGCGGACUUGCUGCCUGGCUCUCCUUUCCAUGUGCCCCUCCCACCACCCGACUCAGAGUUGUGGGACACUCCAGAUGUGUCACUCAUUACUGGGGAGGUCCGACCUGCACCUGCCUGGAAGUCAUCAAAUGCUCCUGGGUGUUCAGCCCUGACCCCGCGGCCCCAGCUGGAACUGGCUGAGAGCAGCCCUGCAGCUUUGUUCCUCAGUUCUCGCAGCUGGCAGGGGCUGGAGCCCCGCCUAGGUCAGACGCCAGUGACAGGAGCUGUGCGUGGAAGACGAGGAAUUGCCAUCGCCUAUGAGGAUGAAGGAAGCAGCUGAUACCAUGUGGGCCCAGAGACACAGAUGGACUAGUGAAUCAGUGUUGUGACUUUUGGUGUUCCCUGCAGCUCCCUGCACUAAUCCCCUCACUCCCCUGCCAGGAUCCCAGAAGGAGUUUGGAUGGAGGGAGGGCAGUCAGCCCCUCCCUGAGGAUAGGACCCUGCUCUGUCCUGUCAUGGCACUGGCACAAGACUUAGCACAUAUUGGCCUAGUAAAUGCCUGUUGAUUGACUGUUGCGAAAGGCUUAGGAGCUUCCCUGAGGCCUUCUGAGCCCAUCUGCUCUCCUGGGAAUAGACCAGGAUCUCUGGCCAAUUCCAGUUCCUGGACUGUAAUUGAGGAUCUGCCCUUGUUAAAGGGCAGGUGCUAGAUGUUCUAGACCAGGCUUUCUCCACCUUUACCCCGUUGGCAUUUCAUGUCGGAUAAUUCUUUGUUGAAAGGGGCUGUCCUGUGCAUUGUAGGAUAUUAGUAUGAUCCCUGGCCUUGACCCAACUAGAUGCCAGUAAUCUCUCCCCCUCUAAUAGUGACAACCAAAAAUGUUUCUAGACAUUGACAAAUGUCCCCUGUGGGGACAAAGUUGCCCCCCAGUUGAGAACCACUGGUAUAGGCUGGGGGCCCUGGUGGCACAGUGUGUAAGAGCUCAGCUGCUAACCGAAAGGUCAGCCACUGGAAUCUACCACCUGCUUCUUGCAAACCCUAUGGGGCAGUUAGUUCUACUGUGUCCUUUAGGGUCACUAUGAGUUGGAAUCGACUUGAUGGCAAUGAUUUAACAGGUGUAGGCCUGCACUGUCCAAUACCAGGGCCAUUAGAUAUACAGGGUUAUUUAAACUUAAGUUAACCAAAAUUAAAUAAAAUCGAUAAUUCAGUUUGUCAGCCAUACUGAUCAUAUCCCAGUCCUUAAAUAGCUACAUGAGGAGUCAGCACAGCUAUAGAACAUUCCUAUCAUCACAGAAAGUUCUGUUGGACGGCACUGGUCUACACUGACUCUUACUGUGUUUUUCAGGGAAUUCACAGAAACUUGAAUAAACCAGAUACUUUUCCCCCUUCUCCUUCUUUUUAUUCAUCAAACACUAUAGGUCCUGCACAGUUCCUGUGGGUAGAGAAGUAAAUUGAAUCUGACCUGAUUGGUGUCCUCAUAGUGGUUGCCACACAGUGAAACAGUACGGUCUGUGAGGGGGAAGCCCCAGGGGCAGUUGGAGCCCAGAGGAGGCUUCCUAAAGAGGGUGCCACUGAAACUGGAUCUCUUGAAGGAAAAGUAAUUGUCAGGAGUAAUAGAGUGUAAAGGACAUUUGGGCAGAGGGUAACCACAGCUUAACCAGUGGGAUGGGUGCUUCAAGCAAAGUCAAGUUGCUGGACCCUUAAGGUUGAGAGAGGUGAAGUGAAAAGACACCUCUUGAAUAUGAAGGUGAACAAGGGAGAUGAGGUCUCCAACCCCAGGGAUACCCAGUCUAGUGGUAGAGGCAGACCUAUAAACUGACCUUGGUGACUGAGGAAAGGUUGGCACCAAUCAUGUAUUCUACAAAUCUGUAUUGAGCACCCAUUGUUUGCUAGGAACUGGAAAUACAGCAGUGAGCUCAAUGAAAAUCCUUUCAUGGUGCUUAUAUUCUCAUGGGAAGAGUUAGGUAAACAAUGUGAAACACUAAGUAGGCCAUAUAGUGAUGAAAAAAAAAAAACCGUGCCAUCCCGUCGAUUCCAACUCAAAGCAACCCUACAGGACAGAGUAGAACUGCCCCAUAGAAUUUCCAAGGGAUGAGUACUGUGGAAAAAUAUAAAGCUGGGAAGGAGAAUAGGGAGUGUGGGGGCGCAGAAGUUGUAAGAGUCAAGGAAGGCCUUUUGAAGAAAGUAAUGUUUGAGCAAAGGUGUAAAGCAAGUUAUGGAGUGAGCCACGUGGAUAAUUAAGAAAAGCAGAGGGAACAAGUGCAAGGGGCUUGAGAUGGGGAUGUGGUUAGCAUGGUAAAGGAGUAGCAAGGAAGCCAAUGCAACUAGAGUUGGGGUGGGUGGGAGAUGAAGGCCCGGUAAAAGGGAUGAGUAGUCUCAUCGAGUGAGGCCUAGCAGGCCAUUGUAAGGACUUUGGCUUUUAUUCUAAGUAAAAGGUUAUUUUAAACGGGGGUAACAUGACCUAGCUUUAAUAGGCAAGCUUUAUAAGCAGGCACACCACCUUCUGGAUUAGAAAGGGCUUCCUGAGGAAAGAAGGAUUUAUGAGGACUAGUAGAUUUAAAAAAAAAAAAAAAAAAGUAGAUUUUAGCCAGGCAAUGGGGUGAGUAAGAAGAGGAGUGCUUCUGACAGAGGAAACGCCACAAGCAAACUGAGAAAGGGCAUGGCAUGCUCUUGGAUCUGGGGUAGAACUGCGUGGCUGGGAGAGUGGAGGCAGCCAGCGGGGGUCAGCAGUGGCUUGGAGACCUCUGUGCAGGCUCCUGUAUAAAGCGGGACUGGUGGGGCGAAGCGAGACGGGACGCAGGGGCUGAGAAGGAGCGGGCUUGGGUUGAGAGACACGAAAGGGACUAACCAGAGGUUGAAACACUGUAAGAGCGCCAGAGCAGGAACUAAAGGGGAAUGUGGGGCGUCCUCCAAGGCGGGCGCCUACAACAACCACAACC